AUGACACAAUAUUAGGAUGAAUUUCAGUAACAAGGGCUCUAGUUUAAAUGCUUAUAAGAAAUAAAUAAAGGAAAAAUUGGAGAAAAAAGAAAUUUGAAUGUGUUGAAUAAUGCAAUUAAUGUAUUCUUUGCAAAUUAAAUUUCAAUGACAAAAUAUAUGAAUAUGAAUAAACAUUUCUGCAUUACUUAAAACAACAAAUUUCAAACCAUAGUUAGUUAGAAUUAUCGCUUAAUUAAAUUUAAUGAUAAAUUAGAACUACAAAUAAUAAUUAGAAAAACGCUGAUCAUAAAGCUCUAAGUCUUUAGAUUUAUAAGAAAUGUAGUGAAAGAUCAAUUAAGUAGAUUUUAUGAUAUAUUAGAAUAUAAGAUAUAAUAAAAAGUAAGAAUAAUUAUGAAUUAUCAAAAAAAGAUCGAGUAAUUUGCUCAGUUUUCAGUGAAUUAUUAUUGAUAGAUGUAAAUGAAUUAGAAUUUAACAGGGUGUAUACUUGAAUUGAUAAAAUAAGAGAUUAAGACCAAGAAUAAUUUCACUAAAAAGCCAUGAUGUUAUAUAUAUAAUCCUUACUUCUAAUAAUAAUUAUAUCAUGGGAUAAUGUGUAUGUUCUGAAACUGUACCAGUAAUUAGUGAAAUAAGUCCCCUGGUAUACACCCAAAGGGCAGAAGUCAUAAAAGAGCCCUUAGCUAUUUCGGAUGAACCUCUAAUACAAGAUGAUAUAGAUAAAAUACAAUCUCAAACAAAGACUAGAUAAACAGAGUGUUCUUUAGUUUUUGAGUUUAACAAACCAAAUUGCAAAGUAGCUAUGCUGACUAAUGAAUUGUUCUUGUCUUCUUCUCAAAAAGUCAAGGUAUAAUAUAUUUAGAAUAAAGGAACUUCUAGAUAAAUUGGGUCCUUAUGAAGAUGAAGAGGUAGAAACAAGUAACCAUUGUGUUUAUGAAUUAAAAAAUGGGAGUUUAUAUAAAGGAGGAUGGCUAGAGGAUUAGAAGAGUGGAAAAGGUUAAAUAUUAGUUGUAAAAUUUCUAGGAAAUGAAAUACAGAAAAAUGGAUCUCUGUUUGAAGGCUAAUUUUAUCAAGGAUUAGCAAAUGGAAGAGGGAGAAUGAUAUAUUGUGAUGGUGAUUAUUAUAUUGGAGAUUGGGUUGAUGAUUAACGUAUAUGUAAAUGUUAAAUAUGAGAUCAUGGAUACGGAGAAUAUUACCAUUACGAUGGAUCUUUGUAUAAAGGUUAAUGGUUCUAAAAUUUGUAGCAUGGUUAAGGAUUCGAAUUAUUUUCUGACUAAUCUACAUAUAAAGGUGAUUUCCAGUUUGGCAAAAGAUCAGGAGAGGGUAUAUAUAAGUUUAAUGAUGGAUGUAUGUAUGAAGGUGAAUUUAGAAAUAAUUAAUUUAAUGGAUAUGGGUUUAAUUUAUGUUUCAUAUUUAGUACUUUCAAUUGGACAGAUGGUAGAGUUUAUGCAGGAGAAUGGAGAAAUGAUAAAAAGGAUGGAAAGGGCAAGAUGAUAUGGGCAGAUGGAACAAUUUAUGAGGGGGAAUAUAAAAAUGAUAAGAAACAUGGAUUCGGCACAUUGAGAUGGCGUAUUUUUUGAUUGAAAUAUAGUUAGCUGAUAAUAGACAAUAUAGUGGAUAGUGGGAGGAUGGUAAAUAGAAUGGAGUUGGAGAGUACAGGAAUGCUUAGUAGGGAAGUAGGAAGGGACAUUGGAUAAAUGGGAAGCGAGUAUUAUGGUUUGAUUGA